AGGAUUUAACAGUUCAUAUGAGAACUCACACAGGAGAGAGACCUUACUCAUGUGUAACCUGUGGAAAGUGUUUCAGUCACAAAUGUACUUUGACUUCACACCUAAGAACUCACACAGGUCUAAAGCCUUUCUCAUGUCUGACCUGUGGGAAGAGUUUUGGCCAGAGAGGUCACUUAUCUUCUCACCUGAGAGCACAUACAGGAGAGAGGCCUUUCCUAUGUGUAACUUGUGGAAAGGCUUUCAGUAGAAAAAGUUAUUUAUCUCAUCACCAGAGAAUUCAUACAGGAGAGAAGCCUUUUUCAUGUUUAAUCUGUGGAAAAUGUUUCACUCUCAAAACAACUUUAACUUUGCACUUAAAAACUCAUAGUGGUGAGAAGCCUGUUUCAUGUAUGGCUUGUGGCAAAAGUUUUAGCCAGAGAGGAUACUUAUCUGCUCACCUUAGAGCUCAUACAGGAGAGCGCCCUUUCGCUUGUAUAGAAUGUGGAAAGGUUUUCAGUCAGAAAAGUAGUUUAAAUCGCCACCAGGAAGCUCAUACUGGGGAGAAGCCAUUUUCAUGCAUAAACUGCGGCAAAGGUUUUAUUCAUAAAAGUUACUUGAACAGCCACAUGAGAGUACACACAGGAGAGAAGCCUUUUGAAUGUAUGGCAUGCGGAAGAGGUUUUGUUCGAAAGUGUCAUUUGGACAGUCACAUGAGGGGUCAUAGAGGUGAGAAGUCUUUCUCAUGUAUAACUUGUGGAAAAGGUUUUAAUGAAAAACGCAGCUUAAAUAGCCACAUGAGAAGUCAUACAGGAGAAAAGCCGUACCCAUGUAUAACAUGUGGGAAAGCUUUCAAUGAUAAAGCUGCAUUGAAUGUUCACAUGAGAGUUCAUACAGGAGAAAAGCCUUUCUCAUGUAUAACCUGUAAAAAAUGUUUCAAUCAAAAAGUUAGUCUGAUAAGCCACAUGAGAACUCACACAGGAGAGAAACCUUUUUCAUGUAUGAUCUGCCAAAAACGGUUUACUGUAAAAUCUAAUUUGGAUAACCACAUGAAGACCCAUACAGGAGAGAAGCCAUUCUCAUGUACAACCUGCGGAAAAUAUUUCAGUCGCAAAGCUCACUUGAAUGGCCACACAAAAACUCAUACCGGGGAGAAGCCUUUCCCUUGUACAACCUGUGGCAAAAAUUUCCGUCGCAAAGCUCAUUUAAAUAAUCACAUGAGAACUCAUUCAGGAAAGAUGUCUUUUCCGUGCAUAACCUGCGGAAACAUGUUUACACAUGACAAUGAUUUAAAUAGCCACAUGGGGCUUCAUGGUGGAGAAACCCCUUACUCAUGUAUAGCCUGUUGGAAGGGUUUUAAUUAAAAAUAAAAGUUCUGCUUGUUUUGGAACUCAUACAGGGGUCUGUUUCACAAAGCAGGUUUGACAAACUCAGAUUUAAAUCCUCAGCUCUUAACUGAAUUAGCCUCAGGUUGGAAACUCUUGAGUUUUCAGUUUCAAUAAGGCUGUUCUUGUUCAGUAAACUGCUGUCCUCUGUUUUGGCUGUCCUUAGUGCUAAUUACAUUAUUUUAUUUCCUAAUUUAGUUCGAAGAUUUCUGUUUUAGUUUUGUGCAACCACAAAAAAAAAUCAUUCACUAGGUCCGUUUGACACAUUAGCUUUUAAAAUCAAAUAUUGCAUGACGAGGAUCCUAUUAAAGAAUUAUUACCAUAAAUUCACAAAGAAAUAUUUAUAGGGAUUGGAUUCUACAACUCAGCUGACAGGCUAUGAGAUUUAUUGGAGUUUGUUUUGUUAAAUAUGGGCGACAUGCAGAUAUUUUUUUCUUUUUUUUUUUUUUUUUUACAGUACAUGAAGAACUCAGAUUAUUUUCAGAUUACACUUAAAUAGAUUAAUUAAUUUCAUGGGAUAAAAAGUAAUUACUGAAGAAUUAGGAUUCCUUCAGUGAUAACAACAAUCUACUGAGCCUAAUAACGGGCAUUUAUUUGUAUUACAACAACCGAAGCAGCUACAAACAGCCACUUAAUAUUUACUGCGUAAUGGAAGACAGAAUCAAAAUGAGGAGGAACCCCAUGAGAUGAUGCACGGGUCUUACCUGUUAGAACAACAUUUUGAUACCCCAACUUCACUAUGUAAUGUUAUCAUAGUUUCCACAGGGUAUGGCAAGCCAUUUUGAUAUGUAUUAGUUUGACUGGAGGUGUAUUUCACAUAUCUGAAAAAACAUUGUGUUCUUGUCAUAAUGGCCAUUUCAAACAAAAUGACGUCCUUCACAUCUAGAAUAGAAAUUCU